AUGGUAUCGGCAAAUAACCUAACAAAACUUGAAAAGAUACUUCGAACUGUCACAAUAUCAAUUUUUCUGUAUUUUUUUAUUUGGUAUAUCUUAACAUCAAUUUUUCAAAAAUAUACGGAACCGCCUCUAGUAGAGUACACCGUGCUUACAAAUGGAGACACAGAAACCAGACCACCGACAAUACAAUUUUGUCUGCAAGAUGUUAGCAUGAAUCCGAUUUGGGGAUUGAACGUGUCAUUGAAAAUCAUAAAUGCAGACAAACAAUCGAUUUCUUCUGAUUCCUUAAUGACAUCGACGCCAAAUACGAGUUGUGUUACUUUCCAAGGAGACAAAUACUCGUCAUAUAAAGUAACAGAGGCUCCAACUUUUGGAUUCUUUUUAGACAUUUCAACAACAAAUUCGACGACUGCAUUGAUCAAUAUGACAAUUUAUGACUCAUCUGCAAAUACGGAUGAGAUAAACUCAUUUUUAAUUCCCACCCCACAUCUUUACAUUCUACAAUAUACGGAAACUCGCUUCUACGGCAUCGAUUCUACGCUGUCCUCACCUACACGAAACUUUGACUUCUUACCAUUUUUCCCACUUACACUACCGACGCCCACAAACAUUACCACAAUUUAUAUUAUGCAACGUGACUCACACAUCGACGUACGAACAGAAUACUAUCCCACUUGGAAUUUCUUUGCGAAUCUUGGAGGACUAACUUUUAUGUUGAUGUUUAUUUAUGGUUUGUUGUUUGGGAGUUUCAGGGUUGAUCCCUGGGGAUUGGUUGGAAGAUUGUUGGUAUUUAAAGAAGAUUAUGUGAGAAUGGCGAAAAGGAUUUACGCGAAAGGCGGGAAACGACCAGAAAUACCGUUCUUAGAUGAUGUUGAAAAAUCUUUUGAAAGGAAUUCUUUUGAGGGUGAAAUAAGAGUACUUCGACGACGUGUUGUAGCAUUGGAGCGCGUAUUAAAGGGAUAUGUCGUAAGAACCGAUGUUGUUGAAAAAAUGUAUGCUGAAGGCGAUGGGAUCAAUGAGCGACUUUUCUAA